AUGACGAGCAACGCGUCUUCCACGUUCUAUUCCUCUUCCUUGUUGGAUGGAGCCUUCUCUUUUGCAGAAAAGACAUUCAUGACAAAGAAGGCAAGGAUUGCCCAUUUUCCCCUUAGUGCCAGUGGUCUCCAGUGCGGAUUUCCCGGCCAGCCUGCCAACGGCUGGAUCAUCAAUAACGCCACCAUCUACUUCUACCGGGACUUGGCCACGUACCAAUGCGCGGAUGGGUUCGUCCUCUUCGGGUGGAGUCAGCGGAUGUGCUUGGAGAAUGGGACGUGGAGUGGGACGCUGCCCACGUGCGGGACGUACCAAGCGUUCACGGUGUUCGUGGUCGACGUUCGGGAGGAGAAGCCGGUGCUGUACGAGGAGUGCGUGAGGUUCUCGGGCAUCUUCCCCUAUGACAAUACGAUGUUCAGAUGCAACGGGGGGCUGGGGACGCCGGGGCAAAUCGUCUACAUCAGGGACGACCGGCAGACGCAGGAGCACCUGGGGCUCUGCGAGGUCCAGGUCUUCGCCUAUCAAGAAUGGAUGUCAUGUGGAGACCCCGAGCAGCCGAUAUACAGCAAUGUGAACUGGACGGAGAACCAAGCUCAUUACUCCUGCCUCCCCGGCUUCACCUUGAAGGGGGAGACGGUGCGGAACUGCCUGGCUGACGGGCAAUGGUCAUCCUCGCCUCCGACGUGUGUCGAGCAAGAGUGCGAGGCGCCGGUGCAGAUCGAGAAUGGGUUCUUGCGCGACCCCGUCUUCAAAGGCAGAUACGUGUUCGGGCUUCGGUCCAUCUACGAGUGUAACCCUGGGUUUCUUCUCUUCGGAAAUGCCACGAUGACCUGCGGUCCUCUUGGGGUAUGGUCCGGGUCUGUGCCGCAGUGCAAGAAGGUGCAGUGUCCAGCUCCACCGUCAUUCGCGAAUGCGAGAUUGAUCCUUUCCGACGGAUCCGCCGAAUGGAAGGCCGUUGCUGUUUAUCGAUGUGAUCCUGGAUUCAUCCUACCGGAUGGCGGAAGGGAGGUGAAGUCCCGAUGUAUCGACUCGGGGGAGUGGGAGUCGGUCGUGGUGGACUGCAUGAGCGAGACGCUGGAGGACCGAGGAGGGAGUUUGGAGACGGAGGUGCGCCGCACGCACAAGGACCACAAGAGUGCAGAGUUCAACUUGGCCCGUGGGAAGGCGAUCCAACAGAAUCUGAUGUUAUGGAAUUAUCGAUCGGAUCUGGCCGUGGACGGAGACCCGGAAACGUGCUCGUACAAACUGAGGGAAACGGAUUCCUCGAGGUGGUGGCUGGUGAAACUGGGACGAAGGCACAAUAUUGCCUCCGUCGGCAUCCGUAUCAAGCAAGGGACGUACCAAGCGUUCACGGUAUUCGUGAUCAACGUGCGGAAGGAGAAGCCGGUGCUGUAUGAGGAGUGCGUGAGGUUCUCGGGGACCUUCCCCUAUGACAAGACGAUAUUCAGAUGUAACGGGGGGCUGGGGACGCCGGGGCAGUUCGUCUACAUCAGGGAUGACCGGCAGACGCAGGAGUACCUUGAACUCUGUGAGGUCCAGGUCUUCGCCUCUCGAGUUCCUUCCAAGCCGAACAACCUGCGAGUGGUGGAUCGGACGCCGACGACCAUCACCCUCAAGUGGGAUCAGCCCCGUUUCGGCAACAAGUUCAUCAUCGGCUACGAGUUGUACUUGAACGACACCUAUUCGAAGGAAGUGAAUCGCAGAAGCAUUCCUGUCGUGGAAGAGUACCUCCUCAGCCUUCAUCCGAACAAUCAAUACUUCAUUUGGCUCGCUGCGAAAAGCAAGGAGGGCGAAGGUGCAUCCACUCCUCCCUUGCAGGUCUCCACACAGGAGUACGACCGGGUGCCAUGUGGAGACCCCGAGCAGCCGAUCAACGGAAACGUGAAACGGACGGAGAACCAAGCUCAUUACUCCUGCCUCCCCGGCUUCACCUUGAAGGGGGAGACGGUGCGGAACUGCCUGGCUGACGGACAGUGGUCAUCCUCGCCUCCGACGUGUUUCGAGCAAGAGUGCGAAGCGCCGGUGAAGAUCGAGAAUGGGUUCUUGCUCGACCCCGACUUCAAAGGCAGAUACGUGUUCGGGCUUCGGGUCAUCUACGAGUGUAACCCUGGGUUUCUUCUCUUCGGAAAUGCCACGAUGACCUGCGGUCCUCUUGGGGUCUGGUCCGGGUCUGUGCCGCAGUGCAGGAAGGUGCAGUGUCCGGCUCCACCGUCAUUCGCGAAUGCGAGAUUGAUCCUUCCCGACGGAUCCACCGAAUGGGAGGCCGUUGCUGUUUAUCGAUGUGAUCCUGGAUUCAUCCUGCCGGAUGGCGGAAGGGAGGUGAAGAUCCUAUGCAUCGACUCGGGGGAGUGGGAGUCGGUCGUGGUGGACUGCAUGAGCGAGACAAGGGAGGACCGAGGACGGAGUCGGGGGACAGAGGUGCGCCGCACGAACAACGACCACAAGAGUGCGAAGGAGGUGAGGGAAGGGGAGGCGGUUGAAGGAGGGGGGGAAGUGACGGGGAGACUGAAGGAGGCGCCGAAGGUGGACGUCAUUAUGGGGAUCAUCGCCACGACCGUCGUGCUGUGUCUCGUUGUGGCCAUCAUGGGAUAUUUCUUUCUCAAGCGCAGGCGGUCGCGAGUUAACGAGAAGGAAAGCGUGCCAAAGCUGCGCUCCAUCCCACGCUGCCCCGGCAUCGAGGCCCGCGACAACCUCUCCGACGAGGUCUACACCCCGACUCGCAGCCAUCUCUCCUCGACCGCCGGCGCGGGCCAGACCGCAGCGACAGGCGACUACGACUCCCUGGAGCCGAUCUCCAUCUACCACUCGAUGGACUCUUCCAUCUCGGACGGCUCGUCCUCCGUCAACGACAAUCCCUCUCCCAUCUACGACGUGCCGGGGAAGGGACAGUCGGACCGGGAGCAUCGAUACCAGAACCUCCCGGUCCUGAAGCCCCUCCACACCCCCAAGGGCACCACGAUGCCCGACGUCAUGGUGUCGACGAACGUCCCUGCAGACAUCAUCGCCCUCUACGCCAAAGUGAACAAGUCGAAGAAGACCAAGACGAAGGGAUCGGAAGCGCCAAACGACCCACCCAAAUCCCCUAGUCCCUCCCGCUACGACCCGAUCCCCGCUCACUCCCGUCCCAACCCGGACUACGAGACCCUGGACGAAGACCAACAAAAGCAGGAAGAGGAUGUCAUCUACGCCGAGAUCGACGUCCCGACCCGCGAAACCGAUCGCCAUCAGUCACACGAGGAACGAGAUGGACGAGCCCAUUCCAAUAGUGGGCCUCCUUUCGUUUAA